GAGAACGCCAGCAGUGGAUAAUCCGCUCGGAUCGCCUCUGGUCCAAAUCCAAACCCCUCCUCCCUUUUAGCAUCGCCGGCAGCGACGACGGCCAUGCUCUCCGCCGCCGCCUCGGCCAUUCCCAGGCUCCGCUGGGCCGCCGCGCCGCCGGGGCACGCCUCGCCGAGCACCCGGUGGUCUCUGCUGCGGCGGCGCCCGCUCUCCUCCUCCCCGAACGCAGCGCCCACCGUGGGGCCGGGGCCCCUGGAGCCGCCGGACCUUCCCCGCCUCGCCAACUCCGCCCGCAUAUCUCUCUCGCCGCAAGAGGCUGAGGAGUUCGCGCCCAAGAUUCAGCAGGUGGUGGACUGGUUUGGGCAACUUCAAGCGGUUGAUCUUGAGUCCAUUGAGCCUUCACUUAGAGCUGAUACUGCAGCUGGUAGUUCUUUAAGAGAAGAUAAGGCGGAACCAUUUGCUAACAGAGAUGCCAUAAUAGAGGCCCUUCCGAGUUAUGAUGAUCCAUACAUCAAAGUGCCAAAUGCGCUGACCAAAGAAUGACAUGUGGGUCUGUAAAUCAAAGUUAUGAUAUUGUUAACAUUCUAUUUCAUUAUACAAUGAGGCAUGGUGAAUCAACUGAGCUUGCAAAGCAUCGAGCGAGCAAUCAACAAGCCUGAGUUAAGUUUGACAUCCUCGGCUAGAACAGUACGACUCAACAAUUUGAGCGAUGGAUCUGCAGUGCCUGCAACAGAAGAUCCAUCCUUGCGUGCCAUCAUGCUUUCGGACCAAAUACAUGUCAUUUUCUUAAUAUGCUUUUAUUUAUGUUUCUGGAAUGUGGGGGCUUCUAGCGCUAUCACUAUGCCUCCCAAACGGCGAUAGGUUUCAUGUGAUGCUAUCACCUGGUAAUUUGUCUUCAGUUUGUUAAUCCUGUAAGUUUUCUGGGUUAGGCUGAACCUCGGGACUUAUCGUGCUUUCUGUUUGAGUUUUCUGCAGGUUUUAGCUUUUUAAUCCUGUAAAAUAUUCUGGGUUAGGUGGAAUUCUAUGUUUCAAUUUUGCAUUGGCCA